UUCCUCUAGCAUGCAGAAGGGAAGGACAGAGGACAUGAGCUGGUGCCCUGACAUGGAGAUGUAGUCAGCAGCAGCCUCUAUCUCCUCCUAGCUCAGUCCAUAGUUGCAGUUGUGUUUGUCUGCACCUCCUCCUCCUCCUCCCAGAUCAGCAGCAGCAGCAGCAGAGGAGGCUGGAGGAUGCUGCCUGCACAGAGCUCUAACAGCUACACAGACGACUGAUGGCAGCUUUACAUGCACUUGCAGCUUAAGCGAUGUGCUAAACCCACUGACAAUCCCACCCCUUGAUACAGUGGUACAGUCCUCAGGAGCUGUGUCUGCACCCAGGAUGGUAAACGCCUGCUUGUUGUAGCACUGGAGACCUAGGAUGGUGAUAAAGGAGCCUUGGUUCUUGUAGGAGAUUAUCACUUACUGACCCAUAGAACUGUCCCUUUUACCAACAACCCUGCUCCCAUCUCUUCCUGGCGGCUGGUUCAUGGGCAUUCAAGGUGGAUUUAUCUCCUGCCUGGUUGGCAAAUAAGCGGUCAGGCAAGGGCACCAGUGUUAGGCUAUGGCAAGACCUGCACAGGGCAAAGGAAAGCAGCCUGUGGAAUCAAGGCUGCCCAGAGUUACCACUCAAUAGGAUAGUGAAGAGAGGGGAUAUUGGAACCCAAAGAAUCUUUUCAAGUUGACUGGAUUACUGUGGACUGAAAAAUAAUAAAACUGUCACCAAAAGCCUUUGCUUCUUGUCUAUGAGAUCUCCUGAGUGGAACAGUUCUGUGUUUUAGUGCACACAGUGCUCCAUGACUGUGAAAUAAUCAUUUUAAUGAAAUAUGGAGCAAAUGGACAGCAAGCCUUACCAACCAUUAUCAAAAAUUAAGCAUGAAAUGGAUCUUGCUUACACCAGCUCUUCAGAAGAAAGUGAAGACGAGCGAAAGCCUAGACAAUCGUACAACUCAAGAGAAACUCUCCAAGACUGUACACAGGAAAUAAGAUUAAACUACAACAGCCAUAGCAGCAGAAAAAGGAAAGCAGUGGAAGAUCCAAGCCAAGAGAUGGAAUACUGUGAGCCUCCGCACAUUAUAUGCUCUGGUUAUCAGACCAACCUACACACAGGUGCACAGCAUACCUACCCGCUAGAGAUGGGUUCUGAUGCAGAUACAGAGACUGAGGGCGCCACAUCACCAGACCGUGCCCUGAGGAUGUGGAUGAGAGAGAUAAAGUCGGAGCACAGUUCCUGUUUGUCAAGUAGAGCCAACUCUGCACUGUCACUUACAGACACUGACCAUGAGAGGAAGUCUGAUGGGGAGAAUGACUGGACUAGACUAUUAGACUGUGGGACCUGUUCACCAAAAAAGAUUCCCGGAAGCCCACGCAACCAGUUUACCUUCAGGCCUCUACCUCCUCCGCCACCACCGCCACAUGCAUGCACCUGCAGCCGCCAGACUUCACAGACAUUGGAUACUCUCCAGAGGAGUUCCAUGACAUCUCGUAGUCAGCCUGGCCCAGCUGUUUCCAACCCACCCACAAGCACUCAAGACUCUGUGCACCUGCACAACAGCUGGGUAUUAAACAGCAACAUACCCCUAGAGACCAGGCAUUUCCUCUUUAAGCACGGAUCUGGUACUUCUCCAAUCUUCAGUGCUGCCAGCCAGAACUACCCUCUAACUUCAAAUACAGUCUAUUCUCCACCUCCGAGACCUCUGCCCAGGAGCACCUUCUCCAGGCCUGCCUUCACAUUUAACAAAUCAUACCGGUGUUGUAACUGGAAAUGUACAGCCUUGAGUGCUACAGCAAUUACAGUAACACUAGCACUCUUGCUCGCGUAUGUUAUCGCAGUUCACUUGUUUGGUUUAACUUGGCAACUUCAACCUGUGGAGAGUCAGCUUUAUGAGAAUGGGGUCAGUAAAGGAAAUAAAGGAGAGGAGUCCACAGACACCACUUAUUCUCCACUUGGAGGAAAGGUUACUGAUAAAGCAGAGAAGAAAGUGUAUCAAAGAGGUCGAGCAAUUGACUCUGGAGAAGUGGAAAUUGGGAAGCAGAUAGAACAAAUUAUCCCACCUGGUUUAUUCUGGCGGUUUCAGGUUACAAUUCACCAUCCUAUGUACUUAAAAUUCAAUGUUUCCUUCUCAAAAGACUCCCUCCUUGGCAUAUAUGGAAGAAGAAAUAUCCCACCUACACACACACAGUUUGAUUUUGUAAAGCUGAUGGAUGGGAAGCACUUGAAAAAGCAAGAACCGAAAAAUUUUGAAAACCUGCAGCAUGCACCUCGGAGUAUAUUUCUGCCAUCUUUACAAGAGACAGGUUUCAUUGAAUAUAUGGAUCAAGGUGCCUGGCAUUUAGCUUUUUACAAUGAUGGAAAGAAGAUGGAGCAAGUCAUAGUAUUAACCACAGCAAUUGAAAUGAUGGAUGAUUGUUCAACCAACUGUAAUGGGAAUGGAGAAUGCAUAUCUGGGCAUUGUCACUGCUUCCCGGGAUUCUUGGGACCAGAUUGCUCUAGAGAUUCAUGCCCAGUACUCUGUAGUGGUAAUGGUGAAUAUGAAAAGGGGCACUGUGUAUGCAGGAAUGGAUGGAAAGGAGCAGAAUGUGAUGUGCCAGAAGAGCAAUGUAUAGACCCAACCUGCUCUGGAGGUCACGGGACCUGUCUUCUGGGUGUCUGUAACUGUGCUCCAGGAUAUAAAGGAGAAAUCUGUGAAGAAGAGAAUUGUCUGGAUCCAACCUGCUCUGAUCAUGGUGUCUGUGUCCAAGGAGAAUGCCACUGUACUGCUGGCUGGGGUGGAGUGAACUGCGAGAACGCCCUGGCCCUUUGUCAAGAGCAAUGUUCUGGUCAUGGGACCUUUCUAAUGGACAGUGGAGUCUGCAGCUGUGAGCCACACUGGACAGGAGCCGACUGUUCUACAGAGCUGUGUGCGGUGGACUGUGGAAGUCACGGUGUAUGCUCAGGAGGUGUCUGUCAAUGUGAAGACGGCUGGGGAGGAGCCAACUGCGAAGAGCGCACUUGUCACCCGAACUGUGCAGAACACGGUCAGUGUAAAGAUGGAAAAUGUGAAUGCAGCCCAGGAUGGGAGGGGGAACAGUGUACAAUUGCUCACUACUUGGAUGCUGUGAGAGAUGGAUGUCCUGGCCUUUGCUAUGGCAAUGGAAGGUGCACACUUGACCAAAAUGGAUGGCACUGUAUAUGCCAAGUUGGCUGGAGUGGAGCAGGAUGCAAUAUCAUCAUGGAAAUGAUGUGUGCUGAUAAUAUGGAUAAUGAUUCUGAUGGUCUGACAGAUUGCGUGGAUCCUGACUGCUGCCAGCAAGCCAAUUGCUUUUCCAGUCCUCUCUGUCAAGGUUCGCCUGACCCAUUAGACCUUAUCCAGCAAAGCCAGCCACCCUUUUCCCAGCAUCCUCCAAGACUUUUCUAUGACCGCAUUAGAUUCCUUAUUGGCAAGGACAGCACACAUAUAAUUCCUGGAGAAAUUAGCCUUGACAGCAGUCGUGCCUGUGUAGUUCGAGGUCAAGUAGUAGCCAUUGAUGGGAUACCAUUGGUAGGUGUCAAUGUCAGCUUUGUGCAUCACAAUGACUAUGGAUAUACAAUCAGCCGUCAAGACGGAAGUUUUGACCUUGUCACUCUUGGUGGGAUAUCUAUCACUUUACUGUUUGAAAGAUCACCCUUCAUUCCUGUGAAGAGGACACUGUGGCUUCCUUGGAAUAAAUUCAUUGUGGUUGACAAGGUGGUGAUGCAGAGGUCAGAGACAGAUACUCCUCUUUGUGAUAUGAGUAGUUUCAUCAACCCAAAUCCUGUCGUGUUUCCUUCACCAUUAACCACGUUCGCUGGGUCGUGUUCACAAAGAGGACCUGUCAUUCCUGAACUUCAGGUAGUACAAGAAGAAAUCCAUGUCCCCUCUAGUUUUCUGAAACUCAGCUACCUGAGCAGUCGAACACUGGGCUAUAAGAGUCUUAUACAUAUUAUUCUCACCCACGCAACCAUCCCUAUUGAACUAAGUAAAGUACAUCUAAUUGUAGCAGUAGAAGGACGACUUGUACAGAAAUGGUUUCCUGCUGCUAUUAACUUGGUUUAUACCUUUGCCUGGAAUAAAACGGAUAUUUAUGGCCAGAAAGUAUCCGGUCUCUCAGAAGCACUAGUGUCAGUUGGAUAUGAAUAUGAGUCCUGCCCGGACCUCGUAUUAUGGGAACGGAGAACAGUCACCCUGCAAGGCUUCGAAAUGGAUUCUUCAAAUCUUGGAGGAUGGACCUUUAACAAACAUCAUAUACUAAAUCCUCAUAAUGGGAUAUUGCACAAAGGAGAUGGAGAAAAUGUAUUCAUAUCACAGCAGCCUCCAGUGAUUUCUACACUGAUGGGAAAUGGUCUGCAGAGAACCCUCUCAUGCUCUACUUGCAAUGGACCAGUACAUAACAACAAGCUCUUUGCUCCUGUUGCUAUGGCUACGGGGCCCGAUGGAAGCAUCUACAUUGGAGAUUUUAACUUUGUAAGACGGAUAUACCCAUCCGGAAAUGUCAUAAGCAUUCUAGAGCUUCGAAACAGGGACACGAGGCACAGUACUAGUCCAGCGCAUAAAUAUUACUUGGCUGUGGAUCCCUCUUCAGAAUCUUUAUACUUAUCGGAUACCAAUACUAGGAAAGUCUACAAAGUGAAAUCUCUCUCUGAAAUUAAGGAGCUGUCAAAGAACUUUGAAGUAAUAGCUGGGACUGGUGAUCAGUGUCUUCCGUUUGACCAAAGCCAUUGUGGAGAUGGUGAAAACGCAAAUGAGGCUUCACUUAACAGUCCAAGAGGUAUAACUGUGGAUGCACAUGGCUAUAUUUACUUUGUUGAUGGCACCAUGAUUCGGAAAAUUGAUGACAGAGGCAUCAUUUCAACACUCAUAGGUCUCAAUGGGUUAACCUCAACCCAGCCCCUAAGCUGUGACUCAGGAAUGGAUAUUAGUCGGGUUCGACUAGAAUGGCCAACAGAUCUUGCUGUCAACCCAAUGGAUAAUUCAUUAUAUGUCUUAGACAAUAACAUUGUACUCCAGAUUUCUGAUAAUAAACAAGUGAGAAUUAUUGCUGGAAGACCAAUACAUUGCCAAGUUCCAGGUAUAGACUACUUUCUGGUCAGCAAAGUGGCAAUUCAUUCCACCCUCGAAUCUGCACGAGCCAUUGCUGUAUCACACAGUGGAGUCCUCUACAUUGCUGAAACAGAUGAAAGGAAGAUUAACAGAAUACAGCAAGUUACCACAAAUGGAGAAAUGUCUACGUUAGUUGGAGCCCCCACAGACUGUGACUGCAAGAUCGACCCAAAUUGUGACUGUUUUUCAGGUGAUGGUGGAUUUGCAAAAGAUGCCAGGCUGAAAGCGCCCUCAUCGUUAGCUGUUUCUCCAGAUGGCACUCUGUACAUAGCUGAUCUUGGCAACAUACGCAUUCGAGCAGUCACUAAGAACAAGCCUCAUCUGAAUACCAUGAAUAUGUAUGAGGUUUCCUCUCCAGCAGACCAAGAAUUGUAUCAGUUCAGUACCAAUGGGACCCAUCUUCACACUUUAAAUCUUAUAACUAGAGACUAUGUGUACAAUUUUACAUACAAUGGUGAUGGGGAUGUAAUCUCUAUCACCACCAGUAAUGGAAAUUCAGUUCAUAUACGUCGAGAUGCUGGGGGCAUUCCUUUGUGGCUGGUUGUUCCCGGAGGACAAGUCUACUGGCUCACUAUCAGCAGCAAUGGAGUUCUCAAAAGGAUAUCUGCUCAAGGAUAUAACCUAGCAUUGAUGACGUACCAUGGCAGUACUGGGCUUCUGGCAACCAAAAGCAAUGAGAAUGGUUGGACAACAGUUUAUGAAUAUGACCCUGAAGGACAUUUAACAAAUGCAACCUUUCCAACCGGAGAAGUCAGCAGUUUCCACAGCGAUAUGGAAAAAUCCACCAGGGUCGAGUUUGACACUUCAAACAAGGAAAAUGUUAUCACCACCACUAAUAUAUCAGCAACAAGCAUUGUAUAUGCUUUAAAGCAAGAAAACAAUAUUAACACCUAUCGAGUUAACCCAGACGGUUCUCUACGGGUCACCUUUGCAAGUGGGAUGGAAAUCAACCUUAAUGCAGAGCCACACAUACUGGCAGGAGUGGUCAGUCCAACUCUGGGUAAAUGUAAUAUCUCUCUUCCUGGGGAGCACAGCCCAAAUCUCAUAGAGUGGCGACAACGUAAGGAGCAAAACAAAGGCAAUAUCUCCUCUUUUGAAAGACGCUUAAGGGCUCACAACCGAAACUUAUUAUCCAUUGAUUUUGAUCACAUCACCAGAACGGGAAAAAUCUAUGAUGAUCACCGAAAAUUCACGUUACGAAUUCUCUAUGACAAAACUGGACAUCCCGUGUUGUGGUCACCCAGCAGCAAGUAUCAAGAAGUCAACAUUACAUAUUCUCCAUCUGGACUUGUUACCUCCAUUCAAAGAGGAGCGUGGACUGAGAAAAUAGAGUAUGAUCAAAAUGGGAAGAUGGUAUCACGAAUUUGGGCAAAUGGUAAAAUAUGGAGUUACACAUAUGAGGAAAAGUCUAUCAGCCUCUUUUUGCACAGCCAGCGACGUUAUAUCUUUGAAUAUGAUCAUUCGGAUUACAUUGCUUCAGUAACUAUGCCUAACAUGGUCCGCCAUAGUCUCCAGACCAUGCUCUCUGUUGGAUAUUACCGUAAUAUAUACAACCCACCAGACAACAUUGGCUCUUUUAUUCAGGACUACAGUGGAGAUGGGCAUCUACUGCAGACAUUACAUCUUGGAACGGGACGUAGAGUUUUGUAUAAAUACACAAAGCAAACAAGGCUGUCUGAAAUUUUGUAUGACACUACGCAGGUUAUAUUUACCUAUGAAGAGGCUUCAGGAGUCAUUAAAACAAUUCAUCUAAUGCACGAGGGAUUUGUGUGUACUAUCAGAUAUAGACAAACAGGACCUCUUAUUGGACGACAGAUCUUCAGAUUCAGUGAAGAAGGACUUGUUAAUGCAAGGUUUGACUAUAGCUAUAACAACUUCCGAGUCACCAGCAUGCAAGCGAUGAUAAAUGAGAUUCCUCUUCCAAUAGACUUAUACAGAUAUGUGGAUGUAUCUGGAAGAACUGAACAGUUUGGAAAAUUUAGUGUCAUCAAUUAUGAUCUAAAUCAAGUUAUCACAACCUCCAUGAUGAAGCAUACCAAAAUAUUCAGCUCUAGUGGACAAGUUAUUGAGGUGCAAUAUGAAAUUCUGAAAGCUAUAUCGUAUUGGAUGACAAUCCAGUAUGAUAAUAUGGGUCGAUUGAUUACAUGUGGAAUACGAGUAGGUGUAGAUGCAAAUUUAACAAGAUAUUCGUAUGAAUAUGAUCCCGAUGAUCAGCUUCAGGCUGUUUAUGUUAAUGACAAACUUCAAUGGCGGUACAGCUAUGAUCUAAAUGGAAACAUAAACCGGCUGAACCAUGGGAAUAGUGUCCACUUAAUCCCACUGAGAUAUGACAUUGGAGACCGCAUCACUCAUUUUGGGGAGAUUCAGUAUAGAAUGGAUGACGAUGGGUUCCUCAGACAAAGAGGCAAUGAUAUAUUUGAGUACAAUUCUAAUGGUCUUUUGAGUAAGGCAUAUAAUAAGGUUGCCGGAUGGAGUAUACAGUACCGAUAUGAUGGACUUGGAAGGAGAGUUGCAAGCAAAUCAAGUACUGGCUCUCAUUUACAGUUCUUUUAUGCUGAUCUAGCUAAUCCAAUAAGAGUCACCCACUUAUACAAUCACAGCAGUACAGGAAUAACUUCACUCUAUUAUGAUCUUCAAGGACACCUCAUUGCCAUGGAAUUAAGCAAUAGUGAGGAGUAUUAUGUAGCGUGUGACAAUACAGGGACACCUCUGGCUGUAUUUAGUAGUCGAGGCCAAGUUAUAAAAGAAAUUCUCUACACACCAUAUGGUGACAUCUAUGAAGACAGCAAUCCAGACUUUGAAAUCAUAACCGGUUUUUAUGGAGGACUGUAUGAUUCACUAACUAAACUUGUGCACCUUGGACAAAGAGAUUAUGAUGUUGUGGCAGGCAGAUGGGCAACACCCAACCAUCAGAUCUGGAAUAAAAUAAGAAGUGACCCAAAGCCAUUUAACCUGUAUUCAUUCGAAAAUAAUUACCCAGUGGGAAAGACACAGGAUGUGGCACAGUACACUACAGCUAUUGAAAGUUGGCUUGAGCUGUUUGGUUUUCAACUACACAACGUACUUCCUGGAUUUCCCAAACCGGAGUCAAAAGGCUUUGAGUCUACAUAUGAACUUCUACAACUACAAGCAAAGACCCAGGAGUGGGAUCCUGGAAAGACAAUUCUUGGAAUACAAUGUGAGCUUCAGAAGCAGUUGAGAAACUUCAUUUCUUUAGAUCAGCUUCCUAUGGCUCCAAAACAAAAUGAUGGAAAAUGUAAUGGAGACUUAAGAUAUCCUCGAUUUGCAGCUGUGCCAUCUUUAUUUGGAAAAGGGAUAAAGUUUGCUAUCAAAGAUGGAAUUGUGACAGCUGAUGUAAUUGGAGUGGCUAAUGAAGACAGUCGCCGAAUUGCUGCAAUCCUAAAUAAUGCUCACUACUUGGAAAAACUUCAUUUUACCAUUGAAGGUCGGGAUACACACUACUUCAUUAAGUUGGCCUCCUUGGAAGAAGAUCUUACAGUUAUUGGAAACAGUGGUAGUGGUCGUAUUCUGGAAAAUGGAGUCAAUGUAACUGUGUCACAGAUGACAUCAGUGGUCAAUGGGAGAACUAGACGGUUUGCUGACAUACAACUUCAACAUGGCACCUUGUGCUUUAAUGUUCGCUAUGGAACAACCAUUGAAGAAGAGAAGGAUCAUGUUCUAGAAUUAGCAAGACAGAGAGCGGUGGCCCAGGCUUGGACUAAGGAGCAGAAGAGACUUCAGGAAGGAAAGGAAGGCAUAAGAAUGUGGACAGAGGCCGAGAAACAACAACUUUUAAGUACAGGGAAAGUCCAAGGCUAUGAUGGAAAUUAUGUUACUUCAGUGGAUCAGUGUCUAGAACUUUCUGAUAGUGCCAACAAUAUUCACUUCAUGAGACAGAGUGAAGUAGGCAGGAGGUAACAAACAAACAAAAGACUUUCUUUGCCUUUGCGUCACCAAAGACUGCCUGUUUUUAAAACAUAAAAUGGUUUAUUGUAACAAUUUUCUAGAUCAGAUCUCUGUAUAUGUAAAUAUGAGAAGAGAACAUAUCCAACUGCCUUUAAAUGUGACAAAAGAUGGUAUUUUAAUAUUGUUAGUUUUAAAAGUGUCAUCCUUAUAGCACUGGAGAGGUUUUCUACCACAAUGCUGAGCAAUGUAUUUAUAGUGCACCUGCACAGAGUAGAGGUAGCUACUACUUGGAUAGAACUUGGAUGUGAAUGCAGCCUACAAAUUUACUUAAAAACAAGUGAUCCCAUCGGUCAUGACAUUUUCUGCAAUCCAAAAAACGUAGCUGCCUUUACGCUAUCAGUGACAGUUGUCCUUUAAGACUUCUCAAGUGCUUGUUGGAUUUAAAAAAGACAGUAAAGCUUCUUAUAUCUUGUGUGGCGGUAUUCAUUUUUGCAUACAUAGUAUCCAUUACAAAGUUGCCACUCUUUUUUGGAGACUAGAGCUUAUGUGAUGAUAUAGCUUCUAGAAAAAAACAAAAUCUACCUAAAGAGUAUUAAUAAGUAUAUGAUAAAAAUCAAAGUGUGUAAUUCUGGAAACCUGUCAUUGUUUCUUAUUUUUUCAUAAAUUAACAUUAUUUCAAAAUAAAAAAAAACAGAAACAUU